AUGGGCGUGAGCCUGCUGAGGAAGCAGCACUCGUCGGCGGCGGGGGGCUCGAGCGGCGGCUCGUCGAUGCCGCCCAAGGGGUGCAUGGCGGUGCGCGUGGUGGGGCCGGGCGGCCGCGCGGAGGAGGAGGAGCGGUUCGUGGUGCCGGUGGGCUACCUCAAGCACCCGCUCUUCGUGGGCCUCCUCAAGGAGGCCGAGGAGGAGUACGGCUUCCAGCAGCAGGGCGCCAUCACCAUCCCCUGCGGCGUCGACAACUUCCGCCGCGUGCAGGCCGUCAUCGACGGCCAGCGGCACGGCGGCUCCGGCUCCGGCCGCCUCGUCUCCGGCGGCCACCACCACCACGGCUCCUCCUCGGGCCACCUCCACUUCCACCUCGCCGCCUGCUUCAGGGCCUGA